ACGCAAAACAACAAUGAGAACAAUCAUUCACUCUCACAAUUAACUAAUCAAAAUGCAUCUUUCACAGCAAAACUUGAAGAUGGUUCACUAAUAGACGCAACUCAAAACAUAACUCAAAACCAGGCUAUUGCUGCUCAUAAUUUGUUACAAAAUAUAAAUUUAUUAUUAGAUAAACAAGAAAAUUUAAAAUUAAUGAAAAAAGAUGAUCGAAUAAAUAAACAGGGAGAAAACAAUGAUUCAAUUGAAAAUAUUAAUAAUAUAACAGUUCUUUUUAAAGAUUGUAAUUAUAGCCUAGCAAUUAAUGAUGAUAAAAUUUAUUGUGUAAAACGAUCAAAUGAAGACAGAACUGAACAAUAA